GACAAGACGGCAACAACACCGCUGCUCUCCACGCGCGACACACGUCGACACCCUCCCCGCCCCUGCUGCCACGCUCGCUCCGCGCGCUCCCCGCCCCUGAGACGCGCCGCGCACCGCCCAAUGUCUGGCAGCCGAGCGCCUGCCACGCUGCUUGGGGGGCCGUCACUCGCCGUCGCACACGCUGAAGCCUGAGGCCUGAAGUCUGGGUCUGAAGUCUGAAGUCUGAGGUCUGAAGUCUGAGGUCUGAGGUCUGACGUCUGAAGUCUGACGUCUGACGUCUGACGUCUGAGCCAUGGCCAGCCGCGCAGAGAAGGCACGCAGCGCGCAGUCGAUGCAGCUGGCGCGUCCGGGGCUCAAGUCGCGUGCGCACUCGGCGCCCCUGUGGCCCGCCGACGACACAACCGACACAACCGAAGACACAGCCGACGAGACGCCCGGCGACGGCGACGAGAUCGCCAACGACAGCUUCUUCCAGCGCUAUCACUUCCCCCCGGCCGUCGCCGGUGCCGCCGAAGAGCCCGCCGAGAGCGACACGUCCGACACCGAGGGCCCGCUGAGCCCCACGCGCCGCCAGCAGCGCGCGGGCGGCGACGGCGACGGCGACGGCGCGGGCUCGGCCAGCAGCGACGACGCGCCUGUGCUGUCGGACCUCACAUUUGCGGUGCUGGGCGCGCGCGGCGCAGGAAAGUCGACCUUUAUCCGCCGCGCGCUGGACCUGCCCGACGCGACGGCCGCCGCACAGUGCAGCCGUCGCUGGACGAUUGACGGCACGCCGUACCUGGUGCGCUUCCUCGAAAUGUCCACCAACGACGUGCGCAUCGGCGACCGCCACCGCGUCCAGUGGCCCGACACGACGCACGACAUGGCCACCCCCCGCAUCGACGGCGCCAUCACUCUGUACGACGUCACCAGCCAGGGCAGCCUGGCUCGCGUGCCGGAGCUCCUGGGCAGCUUCGCCAAGUCACGUCUGCCGUUCGUCCUCGUCGCCUGCAAGUGCGACCAGCACCCGGCCCACCGCGAAGUCGACCCCGCCGUGGUGGAGCAAAAGGCCAAGUCGUUUCUCGGUGACGUCAGCGUCUUCAGCACCUCCGAGUCGGCGCCCGAGACGCACCGCUCGUGUCUGUCCGUGGUCAUCCGCGCGGCCAUCUCGGACCGCCGUCCCCGCUCGCAGGCGUCGUCCCGGCGGCGGGCCAACUCGUCGGCCGUUCUGUCGAUGACGCAAAAGGACGCCUGGCCCAAGAAGCACGAGCGCGCGAGCUCCGAAAUGUCCUCGCACUACUCGCGCAAGGGAUCGCUGGCCGGACGCAGCCACCGCUACAAGCCGAGCGAUGUCGACAAGACCUUCUUCCACGACGAGUCCCCCGGCUACGACUCGGAAGACUCGGGCGACGGCUCGGACACGGCGCGCAGCAUCAUGACGAUGCAGCCGUCCGACGAGAACGGAUACACGUUUGACCAGCUCGUCGACCGCCUGCUGGCGCAGCCCAUGUCCAAGAACGACACCAGGUUCGUCGCGGUGUUUCUUGCCCUGUAUCGGCGGUUCAGCACGCCGAGCCAGCUGCUCGAAGCAAUCCUGAAGCGCUUCGAGGGCCUGGUCAAGAACCAGGACCUGCCCAUGAUCCGCGUGAUUGCGCAGCUGCGAUACCUGGCCGUGCUGCAUCAAUGGGUGGCCUACUAUCCCGGCGACUUUGCCCACCCCACGACCCGCAAGCUCGUGCGCAAGUUUGCAUCGACACUGUCGUCGAAUCGCGAGUUUUCGGUCGCGGCCAUGGAGAUCAUGUGCGAUCUGGACAUGGUCGCCGAAGACGACGACACGGACUGGGCGUGCAGCGACCGUCAGCGGGCUCAGAACGACCAGCUGCCGGCUUUCUACAAGACCGCACUAGACGAAGACGACGAAGACGACGCGUUCACGACGGCCCUGGGACACAUGUCGGUGGGCUCAGACAGACUGUCGGUCGCCCGCAGCAGCAUGACCGGCGGGUCAAAGUCCACGAGCGGCUCCCUGGGCUCCUCGUUGACGCUCGUCACCCACGUCGAGCGAAACGAAAGACUGGCCCGCCAACUGGAGCCGAACCCCCUCAGACCGCUCUCCAAGAGCCAAUGGCACCAGCUCAUGGCCUGCGACGACAGCGUCAUUGCCAAAGAACUGACCCGCAUGGAUUGGAUCAUGUUCUCGUCGGUGCGCCCCCGCGAUCUCGUCCGCCACGUCUCCCUCUCGGCCGAGGCGAAGAAGCAAUGCAGGCAGCUUGAGAAUGUGACGCGCAUGGCUGCGCAUUUCAACCACAUUGCGUUUGUCGUCGGGAACUACAUCCUCCUCCGCGACAAGCCCAAGCACCGUGCGCUCAUGCUCGAAAAAUGGAUGCGCGUCGCGCGGCAGGUGCGCAAGCUGAACAACUACAACUCCCUCGGCGCCGUCAUCGCAGGCGUCAAGAGCACCGCCGUGCACCGCCUGAUUGCCACGAGAGAUCUCGUCCCGCAGGCCGUCAACCACGACUUCCUCAAACUCGACAUCCUCAUGGGCACCCAGAAGAGCCACUUUGCGUACCGUCUGGCGUGGGAGAACAGCUCGGGCGAACGCAUACCCUACCUCCCCCUCUACCGCCGCGACCUCGUCUCCGCGUCAGAAGGCAGCGCGACCUUUGUCGGGACAAGGCCGACAGCGCCCAGCUUCAGCCCGCACCCGGGCACCAGCGUCUUUGCCGGCGCAACGGGCAGUCGCGACGGCAAAGAAGCGCCCCCCGGCGGCGUCGUGGGCAAAGAGCGCAUCAACUGGCGCAAGUUUGACAUCAUGGGCGAUGUCAUUGUGGGCAUACAGCGCGCGCAGGGGACGCCGUACCCGGCGUGGCAAAAGUGCGAGGAAGUCCGCAGUCUGAUCCUGGAUGUCAAGAUCUCAAAGGACGACGAUGAACUUUACGAGCGCAGCACGUAUCUGGAGGCCACGGGCGCAAACGAGAAGGGCCGCUUUGCGAAGUGGCUGGAGAAGCGGUAGCGACGCUUGCUGCGUGUGGCAUCACACGGCACACUUUACACCACGUUUGAUUUCAGACAUGGUCGAGGGGGGUGGUACGCCUGCUCCUCCUCGCUGCUUUGCAUGGCACGGCUUGUUUCUCGCAUUGGAUUUUACAUGAUACCACACAUGACCGUCGCUGGCGUUGCGGUGUUUCUCUUGUAUACAGAGUUUUUCUUGUCUACAGAGUUUUUCUUGUUUACAGAGUUUUUCUUGUCUACAGAGUUUUUCUU